AUUUACCGUCACAAAACCGUCAUGUCAAAGUGACACAUUAUUACAAAAAGAAAGUUAAAUUCAAGUGACCAAAAUCUUCAACAAAAUUAAUGGGUACUAAAGACAGUGAAGAAUUCAAAACCGCACUGGAAGAUAUCGCUUCCCACGCUCAUAAGCUGGACAGCCCAUUUGAUAGAGUAAGAUGCGUUGAGUGGUGUAGAAAACUAGCGAGUUUGUCUGACGAUGAUUUGGAGGCGUGUAAACUGAAAAACGAAUACGCGCAACUAUUGAGAAUACAAGUUCGCCACAAUUUUCUCCAUGGACCUUUUGUAACACCACCGCCAGAAACGAGCAAACUGUCUACGCUCUCUGAAUGCCUGGGAAAUCUUAUGGCACAGCAGAUUCCAUACUUACCUAGAGUGGGGCCAGUGAGUCCAAUACUGCAUCAUAAAUCACCUGACGGAAGGGCAUACAUCUCAGCAAAACAAAUUCCAGGAGGUGGAGUAUUUUGUUACAUGGCUGUGAGUCCAGAUGGCUUGAAAUGUGGUGCAAAAGAAUGAUUUGUUCACUCACAAAAUAUGAAUAAUUCGUUAUGUGAAUAAAGCAACUAAUGGUCGUAGAGCUUUCU